AUGUCAACCCUCCACGCCCUCCAGUCCCGCCUUAAAGAAACAUCCAAUGCCCUCAACGAAACAAAACCUCUCAUCGACCGGUUGCGAAACUUCACACAUGCCAUUGGCCAAGGCGACGAAGCGCGGCUCGAACUCGGUGCCGAAAUCCACUUGCGACUGAAACACGUGGAAGAUGAUAUAGAGAUUUUGAAUGUGGAGGUUCAAGGGUUAGAAGUUGCGACUAGCCAACAAAGUAAACGGAAGCCGACUAGUGAUGUUAAUGGUGGCGAGAAGGAUGCGGAGAAGAAGAGAGUUAUUGGUAUUGCGGAGAGGUUGGCGGGUGAAUUGAGGAGGACAAGAACGGAAUUCCGAACUGCGCAACUCCAGGCAAAUCGUAAUGCAGAGGCUGCUCGCAGGAAAGAGCGAGAAAUGUUAUUUACACGGCCCAGUGAAAGAGCCGAAACAGCAAAAGGGGCCAAUAAGUUUACGCAGAAUGAUGUUGUGGUGAAUGCGUCAAGUGAUGUUACGGCAGCCCUGAGGAGGACACACGAGCUUAUGCAAGCGGAGCUUUCGCGAAGUCAGUUUGCGCAAGAAACACUCGAACAAUCAACCGCCGCACUCUCCUCCCUCUCCGAAUCAUACGCCAACCUCGACUCUGUCUUAUCCUCCACCCGAACUCUCGUUAGCUCACUCUUACGAUCUCAAAAAUCUGAUACUUGGUACCUUGAGACAUCCUUCUAUCUUCUCAUCGGCACAAUCGCAUGGCUCGUCUUUAGAAGAUUACUUUACGGACCGAUGUGGUGGCUGGCCUGGAUGCCAGUCAAGACACUUUAUAAUCUUGUGGCAUCUGUCAUUGGACUAGCUACUAUUUCGAGUUCGGUGGCUACGACGACUUCUGUUGUUGGCACUGGUGGCACAGCAGUAGCGAAUGUGCCAGGGGGAACUGAUACACCAACUAUAGUCAUGGAUGGAGAAAACGCGCCGGUUAUGAAGACUUAUGAGCAGAUAUCCGAUGACAUAAAAGAUGAAGACAGUGUACUUGAUAAGAUAAAUCAAAUGGUCAAAGGAGAUCAGCCGGGUACGCAAAACGAAGCAGCCGAGGAAUAUGAUGGGCCACGAAAUACGAAGAAGAGAAUGUGGGAGGAGUCUGAGGAACGACGUGAUGAGUUAUAG